CACGUUGUUUACGAAAGAUGACUGUUGCUGCUCAACAAGCCUUCACUUGCUAGCUUUGUGUUUUAACACAGAUAUUCCCCUUUAGGCAGGCAAUGAGUGUAAUUGGGAUAUAAGAUGGAGUGAAGUGUUCCUGUAAAGUUAAGAAAUCAGGGAUGCCUUAGAGGACAGAGAAGCGCUGCCAAGUCUCCUCCAUCUGGAAGGAGAGGUGUCCUCAAAAAUGGCAACUGAACUUCAUGAGGCUAUAUUUAUGGCCAAGCAGCAGCGCCACAAAAACCUGUUUCUUAACUACAGGAACCUGAAUAAUUUCCCCGUGGAGCUGCUGAAAGAUGAAGGCUUGCAGUUUCUGGAGAGACUUUACAUGAAGAGGAACUCACUCACUACACUGCCUGACAAUCUUGCACAGAAGCUCCCAAAUCUAAUUGAACUGUAUCUGCACUCAAACAACAUAGUCAUUAUUCCUGAAGCUAUUGGAAACCUGGCCCGACUGCAGUCAUUGGACCUGAGUAAUAACGCCCUCCAGCUCCUCUGUCCAGAGAUUGGCCGACUGAGGUCCCUGCGGCAUCUGAGACUGUCUAAUAACCAGCUGAAAUGCCUCCCUCCAGAGAUUGGCGACCUGCAGGAGCUUGAGACUCUGGACGUGUCCAUGAACCAGCUGAUGUCUCUACCAGACCGGCUGCACCGCUGCCACUCUCUGCAGAAUCUGACGGCUGACCACAACCUGCUGAGCCACAUUCCCCGCCAGCUCUGCUGGCUCCACCGUCUGAACCAGCUCUCCAUGGCCACUAACCGGCUCACCUUUUUACCACUUGAUUUGGGCAGAUCACGGGAGCUGCAGUUUGUGUUUGUGGACAACAACGUGGACCUAAAAGGCCUCCCUUCCUACUUGUAUAACAAAGUCAUCGGCUGUAGCGGGUGUGGCGUGUCAUCCCAGGUGCUGGAGGGUGAGUGGGGUGAGGUCCUGGGUGAAGCAUUGAGCGAGGCUCUGGUCGGGCUGCCGGCUGAAGUGAAGGUGGUGGGCUCAGAGACAGAUAAUGUGGUUCCCCUGGAGGAGCUCUCCAUGAGGACCCUGCACCGCCUUUACCACCACCGCCCAACAGACCUGAACUUGCUGCCUCCCAUCACGCUCCCCAAGAGCCUGCUGGACCUACUUCAGUUCCCCCUGGGUCACUGCCACCGCUGCAGCCAAGCCAUGUUCACCAUCAUCUACCCCAAACUCUUCCCCCUUCGUGAAACCGCCCUGGCAGGAGUGCACCGCAGGACGACUGUGAGUUUCGUGGCCUAUUGCUGCUCCAGUCACUGCCUCCGGACGUUUAACCUCCAGGGGUGACAUCAUCACCUUCGCCUUCCUCCCCUCCUUCCAAUCAGGAGCUGCUGAUUGGUCUUACUCGGCAGUGAGCGGUGGAUCUUAAAGGUCUGUGCUGUGCGGCGUCGCAACAAACACAGAGAAGCAGCCUGUGUGGAUGUUUGGCAGGUCAGAUGACGGACACACGACACUUCAACAUAAAACACUGAGACUAACCAAUCGGGAGGGUCCUAUUCCUUUUUUUGUGUGUAUUAACAACUAUGUGUGAACAGUGCACUGCUGUGUUCAUGUAAUUCAUCUUGUCUAGAAACAGUAUUAAACACGAUGUAACUACAAACACCCCCCCCCAUACUCACAUGUGGGCACUUAAAAAAAAAAAAAAAAAAAAGAGCAAGCACUGUUUCAAUUUUUGUGACCAUUUUUCACACAGAAAUAUUUUGCAGCAGACACAUCCCACCUGACUGUGGAGUCAUCUUCGAGGUAUUAACAUUUGUAGGAUUUGUUUUGAUUACUUCAAAAAAACAAAAAAAAAAACACUUGAAGGAUUACAAUUUGAAAGAAUGUAUCUAUUUGAUAUGUGUUAUUUAACAGCAGCAGUUUGGGGAGACUUAUUAACUUUCCAAAAGAAGCCAUGUGUCUUUUAAGCAAGACACCAAACUCUCACAUGCAUUAAAUGCUUUACAUUUGAAGCCAAACUCAUGGUCUUUAGUAUAUAGUCAUUUAGACAAUAUUGGUCAUAUAGUUGUUUAGGUAUCCGUUUUAAAAAUGUUGAACUGGUUUUGGAGCAAAAUUCCAUGUUAUUAACCUUUUUGAGAAGUAAUAUUUUUGUUAUGACAUGCUUUAAACUGAAAUGUAAUCUGUUUAAAACUUCCAGGAGCUCAGAAAGGUCAAAUAGUUUAAAACAUUCACAGCCUCAGCAGACUCAAGUUUGAAAGAUGAAGUUUGUAUACAUAUACAUAGAGGCACUGUGUGAUUAUGUGGUUGAACUGACGCUUUUGUGUUCAUGUUCAUGACUAUGUUGUACAGUUCUAAUUUAUCAUUUGUUUCAGUCGUGUUGCUUUUGACAGUAAAUGUUGACUGAUGUUUGA